CAGAAGGCAUUAAGGCAAGGUUUGGUGCAUACGUGGCACUGGAAGGCACACGCUUCUCCUAAUAUCGUUGCAUAUUCUCUAUUUCUCUCCUCUUCUUCCAUGAAAUUGUUCAUAAACACGCCAAAUUCUGCUUCCUAAAAUUGAUUGCUGUUCAUAUUGAUAUUGUUAUUUGUUUCAUUCGGCACAAGUCCCGAUGUACCGUCCACCACCGUCGUCUUCGUCGACCUCCAUGUACGGCCCGCAACCUCUGUACCCGAAGAUCGGUCCGCACCCUCACGCCGCCGUCGGCCGCCCCUCGCCCUAUCAGCAGAGUCCUGCUCCUCCUCCGUCCUCUUCUUCUGGAAUUGACGGCACUAUCAAGCCAGAAUAUAGGAUCACACCGCCGCCUCAUUUAUCACCACAUGUGGGAGAUAUUCCGCGUAGCAACUUCCAGUUUGACUUUGGAUUGGAGAGAAAAAUUAUGGCUGAAGCACAGAAGGAAAACCCAAAUUGGAGCAAAUUUGGGACAGAAAAUCUGCCUAAGGUUUCUGAAUCAAUAUCGUCAUCAUCGUCACCAAGGGUUUCUGUUGCAGAUCCUGUUGUGAGCAAAUAUAUUGCCAUGGGUCUCAACCGAGAGGCCGUUCCCAUAGCUGUUGCAAAUUAUGGGGAUAAUCCAACUAAGGUUCAGGAAUUUGUCAAUGCUUACACCCUUCUGCGUGAAAUGGGAUUUUCAUCCAACAGCGUUACUGAAGCUCUGAUUAUGCAUGACAAUGACACAGACAAGGCACUAGCACAUUUCCUUAGUGGCUCAUCAUGAGACUGUGAAGUAGCUUUAUCGUCCCUUUUGUAUGAUGAUAGAACAUCGGUCAAAUAUAGAUAGCAAUGACAUGGGUGGGCAAUCUGUUAUUCUCGAUAUGCUGCUCCUAAAGAGUUCGAGUUUAGGAUAUGUGAAUUUAUCAGUUUGAAGGGAUUUGUGUUUUUCUUUUUUACUUAGGGAUGAUAAAUUAGAGCCGAUUAUUUCUUAUUUCCUAUUCAGUUAUUCUGAUCCACCCGGAAAGAUUAAACCUCGCAGGCGAGAAUCUCUGAUUUCUUUUGGAAAAAAUUUAUUUUGGCCGAGACCAAUGUUUUGGAA